CGUCCUGGCCGGUUUGUCUGUGGUGCGUUGGAGUUGCCGCCACCAGCUUGGGCGCCGCGAGCUCUCGCCGCGAGCCGCCCCCUGCAGCAGCAGGGGAGAGGGGUGAGGAGAGAGUAGACUAAAAACAAGAAAAAAUCAUGGAGGCAGAUGUAAUUGCAGAUCUUCGCUGCAAACUCAAAGAGGUUGAAGAAGAGCGACUAAAAGCUGCACAGUAUGGUUUACAGCUAGUGGAGAGCCAAAGUGAAUUGCAGAAUCAAUUGGAUAAAUGUCGUAAUGAAAUGAUGACCAUGACUGAGAAUUAUGAGCAAGAAAAAUAUACACUUCAGAGAGAAGUUGAGCUCAAGAGUCGAAUGCUAGAAAGUUUGAGCUCUGAAUGUGAAGCUAUUAAACAACAACAAAAGAUGCACCUGGAGAAAUUAGAAGAGCAACUGAACAGAAGCCAUGAACAGGAAAUGAAUGAACUAAAAAAUAAGUUAGAAAAACUGAAAGCAGAAUUAGAUGAAGCUAGGCUUAGUGAAAAGCAGCUGAAGCAUAAAGUUGAUCAUCAGAAGGAACUCCUCUCUUCUAAAUCAGAGGAAAUACGGAUUAUGUCUGAACGUGUACACGAAAGCAUGUCUUCAGACAUGCUGGCUCUUCAAAUUGAAUUGACUGAAAUGAAAAGUAUGAAGACCACCCUCAAAGAAGAAGUGAAUGAACUACAGUACAGACAAGAACAACUAGAACUUCUUAGUACUAAUUUAAUGCGCCAGGUAGACCGGCUUAAAGAAGAAAAAGAGGAGCGAGAGAAAGAAGCAGUUUCUUACUAUAAUGCUUUAGAGAAAGCUCGUGUAGCAAAUCAAGAACUUCAGGUGCAGUUAGACCAGGCACUCCAGCAAGCCUUGGACCCCAAUAGUAAAGGCAACUCUUUGUUUGCAGAGGUGGAAGAUCGAAGGGCAGCAAUGGAACGUCAGUUUAUCAGUAUGAAAGUCAAGUAUCAGUCACUAAAGAAGCAAAACGCAUUUAAUAGAGAACAGAUGCAAAGAAUGAAGUUACAAAUUGCCACAUUGCUACAAAUGAAAGGAUCUCAAACUGAAUUUGAGCAGCAGGAACGGUUGCUUGCUAUGUUGGAGCAGAAGAAUGGUGAAAUUAAGCAUCUCUUAGGUGAAAUUAGAAAUCUGGAGAAAUUUAAGAGUUUAUAUGAAAGUAUGGAAUCUAAGUCUUCAGCCAACUCUGGUGCUCUAGAAGAUAACACCUAUUACACAGAUUUACUUCAGAUAAAGCUUGACAACUUAAACAAAGAAAAUGAAAGUACUAAAGGGGAAUUGUCCAUACAGCGAAUGAAAGCCUUAUUUGAGAGCCAACGGGCUCUGGAUAUUGAGCGCAAACUUUUCGCAAAUGAAAGAUGCCUCCAGCUUUCCCAAAGUGAAAAUAUGAAACUAAGAGCUAGACUAGAUGAGUUAAAACUGAAGUAUGAACCUGAAGAGAAAAUUGAAGUGCCUGUACUCAAAAAGAGGCGUGAGGUACUUCCUGUGGAUAUUACGACCCCUAACGAUGUAUGUGCCAACAGUGCCGUUGGGGAAGAAGUUUAUAGAUUAUCACCUCAGAAAGAGGAGUCACACUCCUGUCCAAAUAACUUAGAAGAUAACAACUUGCAGUUAGAAAAGAUAGAUUCUGAAAACAGACCAGGAGUCGUUCUCUCUCCUCACAAAAAUCUGCCCAUGGAUAUUCAGCCAACAAAGGCAAAGAAAUGUGUGAAACUUAUAGGAGUUCCAGCUGACUCUGAAGCCUUAAGUGAAAGAAGUGGAAACACCCCUAACUCUCCCAGGUCAGUGUCCUCUUUUCUCCAAGGCAACCAGCAGACCUCUCCAUCUCUUCUCUUUCGCUGCAUGAACUGUGCUAUCUGUUUCUUUAUCUAUUUUCUUAGUAUUGCAUGCAGUGUAAUUCCCCAAUUUCAUCUGCCUACCUUCAACUUUUCUAAAACUUUAAGAAAGACUAAGAUGAUUGCAAGGGGAAAGGACUCCUGAAUAAGGGAAUUAUUUUUAAAAGUUAUACUUUUCUGUUUCAUGAAACAGAAGUAUCACAGUCUAGUACAUCCCUGAAUGUUUUGGUUUGAAUAAAUGUACUGUUAUUUUUUUUCCUGGUUCAAGAGUGGCCAUGAAAGACAAAUUGCCUCCUAAAAGGGCUUUCCAGUAGUCUAAGAAAUUUCAGCUUCUAGAAAACUGUUAGGUGAAAUUUGUUAUGACUUUUAAAAUUGUUCCUCCUAAGUCUUCAAGAAUGGGCUUUGAUACCUAUUUUGACAUUUUAAAAUAUCGAAGGUAAUUUAUUGUCAUUUUACACCAAAACUUCAAGGCCUCUAGUUUCUGCGUAUUUGAGUUUGUGACUAAAAGAGGAAGUUUUAGACAUUUAUGUCUGUAGGAAUCAAUGUUUUAAGGGUCUUAUCUUUUAAAAAAAGUUAAAAUAAUAGGUCAGAAAGUAAGAGAAAGUGAGUAGAAGGGAAAGGUAGGUAACAGGGGCUGAGGCUAACGUGGAAUAAGAGGUUCUGGGUGUAUACAGCAGGACCAAGAGUGGGGAAAAAAGCGAAUGAGGAAAAUGGAGAAGGUAAAAAAAGAUGAUAAAAGCUAAAGGAUGUCUUUAUUCAACGGAAUGAUAGACGCAUUUAAAAUAAAUAUCUUUAGACAUUUAAAAAAUUAAGCAUAUUGAUGUGAAAAUACUUGUAUUGUCUUCUGUGAAAGGAGAUCUUGAAGGUGCUGCUAGGGCUUCAUCAUCCUUAGAUGGAGGAGUACAGAAUGAGACAUUUUACUAAGUGUGCGUUUGAGCUGAAAUAGUAAGACAUAGCCCAUCUUAGUAAAAGGGCUUUCUUUUAUGUUUUAUCUGAUUUCUCUUUAAGUCUUCAGUGCUACUAAAUGUAGUACUCAACAAUGAAGGCACUUCAACAAUGUUAGCUGCUGUUAUUAUUAAUGAGAGGAGUAAUUUAUUACUCCGUUCCUUGAAUUUUUAUAUGAUAACAUUAUAACCUAUAAGUCACAUAAAAUAAAAGCUUGAUCUUCUCAAGGAAAAAGUAACUUUAAAUGAAUGAUAGGUGAUGCACACACAUGGUUCUAAGUAUUUUGAAAUGAAUUUAACAGGUUAUGCUUGUAUAUAUGUGAUUCAUUGUAUAAGUGCGCUUGACGAUUGUAUAUUUCUGGAGGUGGAUUUCCAGAAUUAAUCAGUGCAAACCUUGCUAUCUGUGUUGUCUUCACUUCUUUUUCUGCCUUUUUUUGCUUGAUAAAAGUUACUUAAGCAAAUGUAUGUAGCUACUUAUUUGACUCAA